GCCACUGCCCCCUCAGAGGGUGGUGGCCUGGCUCGGCAGAAAGGGUUUUGCCAGCCCGGCGGGCGCAGAAGUGGAGUUGUCGCUCCUGAUCGAAAUGGAUUUGUCCUCGGGAGAGCUCCUGCUCCUGCUCGGCGUCGCUCUCCUGCUGGCGGCGGCGGGGUGUUUCGGCGCCUCCCCCUCCUCCCCCCACUCCCUGCGCUACUUCCACACGGCCCUGUCUGAGCCGGGCCCGGGGCUGCCCCAGUUCAGCAUCGUGGGCUACGUGGACGACCAGCCCUUCACCAAGUAUGACAGCGUCAGGAGGAAUUUUGUGCCCCUGGUCCCCUGGAUGGAAGAGGUCGGGAAGGAGGACCCCCAGUACUGGGAGAGGAAUACCCAGAUGGCGCAGAGCACCGAGUCUGUCUUCAGAGGGAAUCUGGUGACGCUGCGGGAGCGCUUCAACCAGCAGAACAGCACAGGGCUCCACACCCUGCAGUGGAUGUACGGCUGUGAGGUGGGGCCAGACGGGCGGCUCCGCAGGGGGCAUUACCAGUUCGCCUACGAUGGGGAGGACUUCCUCGCCUUCGACAGGGAGACCGUCAGGUGGACGGCCGCUGUGCCCCAGGCCGAGAUCUCCAGGCAGAAGCUGGACAUGCGGCAGGACAUUUCCCAGCGCGUGAAGGACUACCUAGAAGGGACCUGCGUGGAGUGGCUGCGGAGGUACCUGGCCUACGGCAACGAGACCCUGCUGAGGACAGAGCGGCCAACAUGGAGGGUGGGCCGCAAGAAGGGCCACGAUGGACAGGAGACCCUCUUCUGCCAGCUCUGCGGCUUCUACCCCAAGGAGAUCGAGGUCACCUGGAUGAAGGACGGGGAGGACAGGAAGCCGGAGACCAUGUCGGGGGGUGACGUCCCAAACUUGGACGGGACUUACAACACCUGGCUCAGCAUCGACGUCGACCCCAAGGAGAGGGACCGCUACCGGUGCCAGGUGGAACAUGACAGCCUGCUGGAGCCCCUGGUCUUGGCCUGGGAGGAGCCGGCAUCCCACUUGGACCUCAUUGUGAUCAUUAUGAUCAUUACUGGCUUGUUUCUUCUGGUUGUUUCCAUCCUGGUGGGGGUCUUUGCCUUCCGCAGAAAAUGGAAUGUGAAGUGCUACGAAGCAGAAUCAACAUCCUACUUGGACCUCAUUCUGAGCAUCGUUGCCUUGAUUCUUCUGGUUGUUUCCAUCCUGGGGGUGGUCAUUGCCUUCUGCAGAAAACUACUGAAGAGCGAUGAAGAAGCAUCAGCAUCCAACUCAGGCCUUAUUCUGGGCAGCGUUGGCGUGAAUCUUCUGGUUGUUUUCAUCCUGGACGUGGUCUUUGCCUUCCGCAGAAAACUACUGAAGAGCGAUGAAGAAGCAUCAGGAAAACUGAAAGAGAAGGAAACCGAAGCAGCAUCAACUGAGUUUGUGUCCCUUCCUCUCUGGGGUAUUCCUUCAGAAAAUGGGGGCGGGGAGUGGGGAGUGUCCAUUGAAAGAUGAGCCCCACAACCUCACCUCCCCAAUGAAGAGGCCUAAGAAAGAGGGGGGGGGUCUUAGUCCAUAUCCAGCCGGGUGGCUUCUCAGCUACAGACAUACCUCGUCCAGCCAGAACCACUGGAGAGCCGAUUUCAAGGCCAAGUUGCAUGAGAAACAGGAGUAAAAGCAUUUGCGAUUUCUCUGCCCCGCCUCUCCUCAAAGUGCUCCAAACAGCUGAUAAUCAAA